AAUGAUUGGUAAAUUAUUUUAAUAUAAUUUAUUUAUGGUGGGUAGACUGAAAUGACCGUGAAAUUAGCCAAUCAUCAGCAAGCGCUGCUAAGAUUUACAGAGAGAAAGAGAGGCGGUAGUGAUGGAGUAGUAGUAAAUUAGUAGUUGAAUUCCUUCUUCUUCUUCUUCUUCUGGGCAGAAAUGGGUAGGGUUUCGAAGCAGCAGCAGAAGAAGAAAGAGCUCUCGCUGUCCGAAGGAUCGCUCAUUGAGAUUUGCACGAGGGAGAAAGGCCUCACCGCCGUCUGGUUCGAGGCCGUCGUUCUCGACCCGAGUCCCCCGCCGCCCUCGCACGCCAGAUCCAGCUCCAAGAGGGCCUGCAGAGUCUACGUGGAGUACACCACCCUCCUCUCCGACGACGGCGAGAGCCCGCUGCGGGAGCUCGUCAAUCUGGAGUACAUCCGGCCCCGCCCUCCUCCCGAGACUGUUGAGGGUUUUGAGCUCUACGACCCCGUCGACGCGUUCUACAAGGACGGCUGGUGGACCGGCGUUGUCACUCAACUUCUGGAUUCUAACCGCUAUGUUGUCACCUUCAGGAAACCUCCCGACGAGCUUGAAUUCGGCUUGUCUGAUUUGAGACUCCACCAUAGAUGGGUCUACGGGAAGUGGGUUCCGCCCAAAAGGAAGAACACAACAGGAUUCGGAUUUAGUGUGGGGAAAGAGGUAGAAGUCACAUUUGACGGAGAUGAUUAUAAGGAUGCCUGGUAUCCUUCAAAACUCGUCGAGGUCUGUGGUAAUGGCUAUUUUAUGGUUGACUGCAUGAGGCCGAAUACUGAAAUCAAGGAGCAAAUAAGAGCAGUUGUUCGUUCCAGUCAUAUCCGACCAUGUCUUCCGCUCCUCAAAAAUAGUAAAUGCUUUUGUUUGAAUGACAAAGUAGAAUCAUUUUAUGAUUCUGGCUGGUGGUUUGGAGUGAUAAAAGAAGUACUUCCUGACGGUAGGUAUGUUGUCGUCUUCCAAAAUAAGAAGAAGACUGAGAGGGUGCUCAAUCACUCCGAAUUAAGACCUCACAUUGUUUGGAAAGAUGGAAAAUGGCAUACUUCUCAGGGUGAAUCAUUAUCUCCGUUUUGUACCCUUGAGGAUGUGGAAAAUUGCUAUGGUCUGGAUAUCCCCCAAAGUGCUGCUACACAUGGUAGCGAAGAUGCUACUACAAAUGAAACAUAUGGAGAGAAAAUCUCCAGAUCCUUGAAUUCUGAUGGAGAAAUGAGUGAGCAUCCAAUUCUUUGGUGGCCUUCAAAUGCGUCAGUUUCACCAAUAAAAAGGAAACGGCGUCUAGAGCUAUCAAAGGAAGGAUUUUCUAGUGAAUCACUGUCUCUUAUCAAAUGUAAGAAACAGGCAAAUGAAUGUAAAACUCCAACUGAGAAAAGCUCGUGUAUCAUUUCCAGCCCAAACCAUUCUUCCUUGGGGAAUACAGCUGUUUUUCUACUUGCAGCUGUUUGUGUGCCAGCAUUGUGCUUUUCUUACCCUUAAUUUGCUCGUUCAUUUUAUUUAACUUUAUUUUUAGCGUGCUAUAUGUUUUUUGUGUUGAUCGAGCAGGGGGUCUCUUGGUACACGCACCCUCCCCAGGCCCUAAUUUCGUGGGAUUGAAUUGGAUUGUUGUUGUACCAUAUUAGUAUUGUACUCUACAUUGGAUUAGGACUCGAUUAACUUGCUCAUCAAGACUCUUGGGAGUAGUAUAAAUAAAGUGGAUUUAUUCAU